AUGGCUGCCGUGGAUAGCAGGCUUGAGCUGCUCUUCAAGCAUGCAGUAGUUGGCACUCGUCAGCAGGACCACCGCCGCGGCAAGUACACAACGCUUCCAGCAGGGUGUGGCUUUGGGGGUGGCCGAACCUCACCCGGCAACUACGCCAAUACUGCGCACAAUGAGCCUUUGGUUGAUGCAGUUCUUUCUGACCCGGCUGUACAGCGAGUUGCGCGGUAUGUUGACGCCGGCUUACAAACAUACUGGCCUAAGCUUCACCAAUUCCUCUCCAACCUCUUAGAGCAUAUCCUGAUGGACUGCCCGGACAUUCGGCGCUUGUUUGCAGGGUGCUGCUACGGUGCAUGCCACCUCAACCUCCACAACGCCGCCACCUUGGACCACGAAGAUUAUUACAACAUCCUCUUUGCCCUCUGUGCGGUGUAUGCAAGUGGUAAGUAUGAUCAUACUCGUAGUGGGCAUCUCAUCGCCUGGUCCCUCGGGAUCGUAGCCCAGUUUCCUGCAGGCUCCGCUGCUUUUCUACCUUCUGCUUGCGUCACCCAUGCAAACACACCCAUUGACAGCAAAAGUGGGGAGCACCGCUCGUCCAUUGCCUUCUUCACAUCGGCAGGUCUAGCCAGAUGGUAUCACAACGGGUAUAUGUCCGACAAGGAGUUUAUGGAGCGGGCGAGUCCAAGGCAGCUUUCAGCAUGGAAGGAUUAUCGAUCGAGGCUUUGGAAAGCAGGGCUUGAGCUACUGCAGUACGAUUAG